AUGGCUCUCAACGGGCCCGGUACCUUUCAUCGCACUCGCGAGCACGAGGGAGAGGACCGUUCCCAGAUCACGCAAAACAUCUUAGACGAGUCGUGGAAGAAAUGGCCCAACGAAGCCGCUUUUGAUCACCUUGAAGAACAUCGCGGUCCCCUCCGCCUCAACCUCAAAGGCUCCAUCCCCUCAUGGGCUGCCGGCGCUCUCUUCCGCACUGGCCCCGGCCAAAGCCGCGUCGAGAACACAGUCCGCGGCACGCACUUUACCACACACUGGUUUGACGGCUUUGCCCAAACGCACCGCUUCGACAUCGUUGUCCCCGAUGACGGUGGUGAUGUCCAAGUGUGGUACUCUUCCAGACGCCAGGCCGAGUCGUGGGUCGAGAGCGUCAAGAAGAAGGGAUGGCGAGCUGGCAUAACGUUUGGACAAAAGGCAGAUCCAUGUGUGGGCAUCUUUGCAAAGUUCAUGAGCCACUUUGAGCCCAAGUAUGGAAACAACAAUGUCACCGUCUUGCCCAAUGUCCCAGGCCUAUCCGACGCCGGGAAGUCCAAGGCUCAGGAGAACUGGCACAUCACCGGCCAAAGCAAGCAUAAGGCUGAUGCGCACCAAAAGAAUGGCCACACAAACGGCAACGGGGCUACGGCUCCUGCAAUUCCUCUCGGCCAUCGUGCGAACCUAUCCAACGUCUUCACCGCGACCGACUUUGCCGGCAUCCGUCGCAUCGAUCCCACCACCCUCGAACCCCUCGGCCUCGCCAUGCAGAGCGCCCUCGACCCUCUCCUCAGCGGCCCCUGCUCAUGCGCACACGCCCAGCGCGAUCCUAUAACUGGAGACUUCUUCAACUACAACCUCGACUUUGGUCGAUACCCGACCUACCGCAUCUUCCGGGUCGACGCUGCCUCGGGUAGGACGGAGAUCCUCGCCACGGUGACGGAUCCGAACGUCCCGCCUGCGUACCUGCACAGCUUCUUCCUGACUGACAACUAUGUCGUAAUUUGUAUCCCAUCGUCGCACUAUGCGUGGAGUGGGCUGAAGAUGUUGUGGAAGAGCAACAUUCUCGAGUCUAUACUCCCAUUUGAUGAGAGCAAGAAGUGCAAGUGGCUUGUUGUUGAUCGGCGGCAUGGAAAGGGGCUUGUAGCAACCUUUUCAACGCCUGCUGCCUUCUUCUUCCACUCGGUCAAUGCAUUCGAGGAGCAUGUCAAAGACGAGAAUGGCAAGGAGCACAUUGAGCUCUGCUUCGACUUGUCCAAGUACCAGAACAUGGACAUCAUCAAGGGGUUCUACUACGAUGUAAUCCUUGACCGCAACGACGCCACAAAGAAGUAUUGGUUCGAGGGCAAGAGAUACGAGAAUUCGUUUCCCAUUUUUACCAGAUAUCGCUUCAGAAUGCCUACAGGGGCACCGGACAUGUCGUUUUCAGCCACUGCGAAAGAAGACCUCUGCAUCCCAACUCCUCACGCUGGCGAGCUUUCAACCAUCCAUCCUCUCCGUUUGGGUAAACCUUAUCGCUUUGUCUAUGGCGCGACUCUGCGUGGUCUCGGCACUAUUGUCGAUGCACUGGUCAAGACGGAUGUGAUUACUAGGGGGGCGCUGAUCUGGAGUGGACCAGAGGGGCAUACACCAGGAGAGCCCGUGUUUGUACCGCGGCCUGGAGCAGAGGAUGAAGAUGAUGGUAUAGUUCUGAGCGUGGUUGUCGAUGGUGUUACAGAGACUACCUAUCUCUUGUGCUUGGAUGGUAAGACGAUGGAGGAGUUGGGGAGAGCCGAGGCAGACUUUGCCAUCGGGAUGGGUUUUCAUGGCGUUCAUGUGCCAGUUGCACAGUGA